AUGACGAUAGACUAUAAGAGCAACACUACAGCUACCGACAGCCAUGAUGCAGCGACGGAAACCAUUAGAGUUUCAUUCCAACCUUCGGAUUUCCAGGAAAAACUAUUGGGGUUCUUGCCAAUUCCAAGUGCCAUUCUGAGUGUGCUUGGGAGUUCCGUGAUCAUUUACAUGAUCUUCAAAGCCAAGCAACAGCAACAAGGCAAACUUACUCCGUACCUUCGAUUGCUAUUUGCCAUGAGCGUUUACGAUAUAGUCUAUAGUUUGAAUUCCAGCGUCGCUGCUUUUUUACGUCCUCAAGACACAAGUCUUCGGAUGCUGAGUGUUGGGAACAAAACGACAUGCAACGUUGUGGGUUUUCUCAACCAGAUCUCACAUGCUACAAUGAUCUAUCAAGGAAUGCUUGGGUUCUACUUUCUUCUGACGGUUCGAUAUGGAAUUAGCAAUUCUUACAUUGCGAGAAGGUUUGAGCCUUGGAUGCAUAUUAUUUCCAUUGGGUAUCCUCUUGUCUUUGGUAUUGCGUUGGAGAUCUUAGACGGCUAUGGGGAAGUGACAAUGGGUAUUGGUUGUUGGAUAGCGGCGACAGAGAACUUCGCGAUCCGCAUCAUUAGUUGGGUUUCCUACGCCAUUCCACUAAUCCUGGUAAUGAUCAGCCUGGUAUUGAUCAACACCACCAUCUUGCUGCAUGCCCGAAGGCAAAGACGCUUGACACCACAUUCAACCAAGAGCUUCACACUCGGAACCAGUACCCGCAUCUAUUCUGAGAGUAUCGUGGAGGAUGACGAUAGAGACGACUCUUCUGUGAGCACUCAACCGGAAGCCAAAUAUGUCUUAACAGGCGCCAAAAAAAAUUGCAGCAAAGAUGUAGCAAGGAAUGACAUGCUAGAUGGGAGCUUGCGUUCUGCUACUGCACUUAUGAAUAACAAGGAUCAAGCAAGACGGAUACGACUGGUCAGCUCGCAGGCCAUCUUGUUUGUGAUCAGCUUUGUUGUAUGCAAUGCCUGGACUGGCGUUUGUGCACUAUUGGAAGAUCAACGCGAAAGUGUCCAAGAUGAGUUGGCCAUGUUGGUCCGCAUGUACCCAAUCUUUGUACUACAGGCAAUUUUCUCACCGCUUCAAGGGUUUUUCAACAUGAUGGUUUUUAUCCGUCCUAAAUACCUCAAGUUUCGGCACCUUCACAAACGAGAGAGCCGGCAAUGGGUAAUCCGACGUGCCAUUUUUGGUGAGGAAGUCAAGCCAACGACUCGUCCGCGAGGACAAAGUGAUCCUUUACAACUCGUGUUGGAUGGCAAUGAUUCCAACCAACUACCAGCAAAAGCUGCUGCUUCUGACCAAGUACUUUCACCUUCUGUCGCUCGCCUUCCACCAGACAUGGUAUCGGACUUGACGGCCAGCCAAGGCGACUUUGAUCAUGUCAUGCAAGGAAUGGACGAUGAGCGCUGGGACGACAAGACUUCUAUGAAUAAAAGUCGCAAUGCCCCAUUGGUAUCGCAGCGAAAGCGAUCCAGUUUGUUGCUGCAGUCGGCCCUCGAUAUCAUUAGUGAAAAUGAAGAAUCCGUCUUUGAAACAUUGUCCGAAAUGCUUCGAAGUGAAGAUGAUGACAUACUGUUCAGUCCUCCUCGGACUCUCGAUCGAAGAUGGAGUUCCGGUUCGAUACAGCUUGUGGCGGCAUCGGGAGCAGACGGUGAUGAUGAUCAUGAACGACCAAGAAAGAAGCAUGAACUAGCUCUAGCCAUUCCUGCAAGAUUAGAGAGCUCCUUUGAUUCUUCUAUCGAAGAAAUUGUGUCCAUGGCACCAGCAUCACCAGACGACGAAAUAGAGAAUGCUACAAGUCACCACUCGCCCGCCAACAACAACAGUGGAGGAGGAGAAUCGUCCCCCGACCUACCGAUUCAGGUUCCACAACGCCGAAUGAGCCCACCGUCAAUAUUCAAUAUAUGA